AUGGGGUCUGCGCUCUCGCUUAUGCCGGUCGUCGUUGUCUCUGCGCUCUUCGCGGAAGCUGCAGCCGAAGGCCAGAAGUUGUUGGCACCUGAGGCUGCACACAACACGGUUGAUACUUCGGUGAGUCUGCGGGAGGACGGUGCGCUUGGGGUGGAGGUCGAGGAAGAACGAUAUCCGUUCGUGGAGGCUGUUCGCGCGGAGGCUGUUGGCGCGAUCGAGAAGGUGUUGUCCUAUGGACGCGGGCGUGUGAAGGGACAACGAAGCCCAGGGAUGAGUCUUCGCGGGGGUGGGACCGCCAAGGUUGCCUCUCGGAAGUUCGCCAGUCUUGCCAGCCUACGUGAAACGCUAACUGAGACGCUAUCCACCAUCGCUGGGACGGAGUCGGAGAUUACUAUUAUCAAGAAGGCUAUUGCUGCGGACAAGAAAGUAGUUCGGCAGAAGUGGAUAGCCCCUUUCGAACUCAACAAGGCGUAUCCCAGCAAGGACCCUGCCAACUACGUUGGCAAGGAAAUUGCUCCGCAACUGGAAGCUGAGAGAUUGAUGGAGGGUAACAUGCGCGAUGUGGCGUUUAAGCAGAGCACAUGGAGCCUCAAGAAGAACAGGGACCAGUUAGUUGACAGCAAGAAGGAUCUAGCGAACGCCAUCCGUCGGCUCAAAGAGGACGUACGCAUGUACUUUGAAGGCGACGAGUUUGAUAAAUUGUUUCGCCCCUCACAGUCGUCAGGAGCGCAUUCAACUGGUACGUAUGAUGCUCUUGUUAAGCGCUUUGGUGUUCUGGAAGUUGCAGCAAUGAUCGAGUUGUCGCGGUCGAGCGGGAUCAGUGCAAGGGCUGGAAAAAUGGUGGAGGAUUUGCAGAAACAACAGUUUUUCCGAUGGCGCAUUCUCCGAAUUUUUUCGCCGAAAGACGUGCUAGUACAUCUAGCUGGCAUCAACGGCGAUGGUGUGCUGCCUCUUGCGAUGGGUACGAGUAUCGCGGCGCGGUACUCGAAGUACCUUACAACAGCGUCAAAAAUGCGGAAAUCGGUGUUUUCGCCAGGACAAAUCAAGUCGUAA